AUGGCCACAUCGAAAACAGAUCCCACGUUGAAUCCGCUGGUGGCAUUAUUCAAGUCCUUAGGUCUAACCCAAGCUAAAGCCUUGGAGGCGGCCAAAUCGCCCAAGAGCGCCGCGGCCCUCCAGGACCUCAUCGAGAAACACUCUCUUGUUGGGCGAACAGAUGAAAAACAAGCAAGUCUAGUUGUGGCUCUGGCCGGACAACUCGCUAAAACCGAGAAUGUGGGGGAGCCGGAGAGCAAAUACGUUCUUGACAAGAUCUUGGCGGGGGAUUUGAAGUCCGUAGACCAAGUAACGGUGGCGACGAAGUAUGUCGAAGCACACUCCGUUCCAGUCAGCGAGGCGGAAUUUAAUCAGGAGUGCGGCAUCGGUUUCAGUAUCUCACCGGAAGAUGUCCACGACAAGGUAUCGGCGUACAUCAGGGAUAAUAUUGUUGCUGGAUGGAACAGUCUUGGCCCUGUCAUCUCUGCAAUCCGCUCUACGCCAGAACUCCGGUGGGCGACUCCGGUGGAGGUCAAGAAUGCGGCGGAGAAGGUGUUCACCGAAACAUUUGGUCCGAAGGAGAACUCCAAAGGCAAAGGAAAAGAAUCUAAAAAGGAGGCUCCGAAAGCCAAGGCUGCUGUCGCCCUCACCGCUGAACCUUCUACCCAGAAGAAGACCGUAUUCGAAGAAGGCUUCCUAGGGAACCUACACAAACCCGGUGAAAACCCCCAGAUUGCGCCCCACCUUCGUAAUGCCCAUCUGGCUGCUACUGGCGGUAACGUAUGGACGCGAUUCCCUCCUGAACCCAAUGGCUAUCUUCAUAUAGGCCACUCGAAAGCCAUCUUCGUGAAUUUCGGAUAUGCCGCACAUCAUGGCGGAAAGUGUUAUCUCCGUUACGAUGACACAAAUCCUGAGGCAGAGGAAGUACGUUAUGUGGAAAGUAUAUUGGAGAUUAUCCGGUGGUUGGGAUAUGAACCAUGGAAGAUAACCUAUUCCAGUGAUUAUUUCACUGAAUUAUAUGACUUGGCGAUCGAGCUUAUCAAACGGGACAAGGCUUACGUUUGCCAUUGCUCUCAGGACGAAAUCAAGGCCGAUCGUGGUGGCGGACGUGGACAGCCCAAACCAUGUAUCCAUCGUGAUCGCCCCAUCGAGGAGUCGCUUGUAGAAUUCGAGAGUAUGAAGAAUGGGAAGUAUAAACCCAAAGAGGCCAACCUGCGCAUGAAGCAGGAUCUAAAUGAUGGUAACCCCCAGAUGUGGGACCUUACGGCGUAUCGUGUGCUCGAGAAAGAACACCAUCGUACACACGACAAAUGGAAGAUAUACCCCACAUAUGAUUACACGCAUUGCUUAGUCGAUAGCUUCGAGAACAUUUCACAUUCCCUCUGUACGACAGAAUUUAUCGCCUCUCGCCAGUCGUAUGAAUGGCUCUGCGACGCCCUAGAAGUCUAUAAGCCCAGGCAAUCUGAAUACGGCAGAUUGAAUAUAGAGGGUACCGUCAUGUCCAAACGGAAGAUUCUUGCCCUUGUAAACGAGGGAUUCGUGAGCGGUUGGGAUGACCCACGUCUUUAUACCCUUAUCGCAUUAAGGAGGCGCGGUGUACCACCCGGCGCAAUCAUUUCCUUCGUCAGCGGACUAGGCGUUUCGACCGCAUCAUCGAACAUCGAAAUAGCCCGCUUCGAACAAACCGUGAGGCAAUACCUCGAAAACACCGCACCUCGCCUCCUGAUGGUGAUGAACCCCCUCAAAGUCACCAUCGAGAACAUACCUGAAGAUUCGGUAACCAUCGUCGAGAAACCUCUACAUCCCAAGGUUCCAGAACUGGGAACAUGCAAGAUUCCUUUCACGCGCACCAUAUAUAUUGACGCUGAGGAUUUCCGGCUGGAGGAUUCCAAGGACUACUUCCGGCUUGCACCAGGAAAGACUGUCGGUCUUUUCCAAGCUCCUCAUCCAGUCACUUGUACAUCUUACAAGACUGAUCCCGUUUCUGGGAAGGUUAUAGAGUUGAUCUGCCGUCUAGAAAACACAGGAGCCGCCAAGAAGCCCAAAGCCUUCAUCCAGUGGGUGGCAGAGCAUGCACCUUCAGGAAGUCCUAUCGUUGUAGACGAAACGAGAAUUUUCAACCGCCUGUUCAAAAGCGACAAUCCUUCGUCUGACUUCAGGUCCGAUAUCAAUCCCAAUAGCUUGGAGGUCGUCAAAGGAACUAUGCUUGAGGUAGGCUUCCUACCGUUGGCGAGGCGUGCGAUGGAAGAAGCGAAGAGGGAGAGCAAAACUAGGACAGAGGCUGCUUUGAAAAAUUCCGAACCUUCUGCAGAUGAUGGCGAUACACCGCAUGCCACCAGCGGUCAGCUUGUAGGCAAUGAGUGUGUUCGGUUCCAAGGUCUUCGAGUUGGGUACUUUGCUUUGGACAAAGACACACGUCUCGCCUGUUUAGACGGAGGUGCCGAGGUGAAACAGCAAGGAGAUUACCUGGUUCUCAACCGUAUUGUUAGUUUGAAAGAAGAUUCGGGGAAGUCAUAA